AUGUAUAGCGCAUUGUGUUUGUCUGAAAUUGGAGUGCCAAUGCACCAAGCGAAGCAACAGUAUUCACAUUAUCGUCAUUUCGAUUGCACUUUUAACAACAUGCCUCCUCUGUCUAAACUACGGCGACGCAGCUAUUCACAACGCAGCCUGUCCGUCGGAGGCCGACUAUUCCCAGCUAGUCACCUCGACGUUGAAUUGUCUACCUCCAGGCCCGGAAGUCUCGCUGUAGAGUCAGCCACAAUUGGGCGGUUGUUCUCCCAAUGCUCUCCUGGCCUCCUGACUGGCAAUCCGACAGAAGAGGCUGUUGCAUCUAGGCGAGCAUGCGUUGCCCGAGGCAAUAGGGUUUCUAGUGUAGCUGCAAUCGCCCCAUGUGAAGUGGACUCGACGACCUCUAUUGUUGCUAAUGAAGCUGAAUCAUCUAUUCAUAUCGGCCAUGAUGUCGGUGGACGAACUGAUUCGAUGUUAUGGACUGCUGGCGAGAGUGAUGUGGCUAGCGAGAUGAACAGUCAUCUACUUAAAGAACGGUCUUCAAUGUAUCAAGAUGGUGUCUCGAUUUUAAACAUGGAUACAGGAUCAGGCAAGUCUUCUUUUAGGAUUUCUGUUUCAUUUCCUAUAGAGAUUGUUUGA